AACUUUUUUUUCUGCCUCAAACUUCCGACGAAUUGUUUACGACUAGAACGUUUACCGCUUUUGUCAAAUUAACGUCAGAGUUGAUUUUUCGUCGCAAAUAAAAGGCAAACUUACGAAGCAGUUUCUGAAAAUUAACAUAGCAGGUUAGCGUAUUGACAUUGUUGUGCUUUUUACUUACAUUUUCCAAUAACUGGAUCCCUUCUAACCAUUACCAACUGAUGUUUUUUAUAUAUGAUAUGGCGCUACCGGCUGUCAAUCGUGCGCUCUUUGCUAAUAGGAGUCAAAUACAACUAUUUAUUUCAGAGGUCUUACGCAACCUGUCAUUAAGUAGCCGAUUCAAUUUUAAGACACAAUCAUUGCAAUGUCUGAAAACGGUGACUUCUCAAUCUAAUGCUGUUACGGUGCACAGAAGGUCACAGCUAUACCGGCGGAUAUGCGAAAGCAAUGGGGAUGAAAAUAGUCGUGCUACGAGUAACUGGACUUAUGCAAUGUGGAGUGCAAUUGCGUUUUCUCUCUUCAGCAAAGCUGAGGAGGACACCAGAACUGAGGCUCAGAAGAAAGAAGAUGAGAUCAUUUUACUUUUGAAGAGAGCCAAGUGUAGUUUCCUCGGAUGGAGGCAACCAUAGCUAUAUGGACCUGUGCAAAUCUGCAAUACUCAGUAUAAUGCGUGGGCAGCUGCAUGGAGCCAAUGGAUUCCUUCACCAGGCAAUUGCGCUGGCCCACCAGUCUCACAAUACACAAGCAAUCAUCUACACCUACAGCCUGAUGGCAAACCUUGCCUAUGUCCAAGGUGAGCUGGAUAAUGCAGAGAAACUGUUCAAAGCGGCCAUGAGUUUCAUGUUGUCCGGAGGAACACCAGAGGACGACAAUGGGGUCAUUGAGAUGUCCUUGAAGCUUGCUACCAUAUAUGCCGGCCAGAAUAAGAAUGACCUGGCAGAGACUGGUUUCCAGUUUUGCACUGAAUCCCUUGAAGCCAAGUUAGAGAAAUUCAAGGAACUUCCCACUGAGGAACAGUCAGAGGAGUUGCGGAUGGAGACCCGGCUGCUGCUGGGCCUGACCUUGGACUCCCACGCUCGCUACAUGGCCGCCACACACCGCCUGAGCCGGGCGGCACUGGACUACAAACGAGCCCUACUGAUCUGCCAGGAAGAGCAGGGAGAGACUCACCCACAGUCGCUGGUGCUGCUGAGUGACCUGGCCACCAUCCUGGACCUGCAGGGCCGCCACGAUGAGGCCCUGCCCCUGGUAAAGCAGGCCGUGGAGCUGAGCAGAGAAGCCGGGCACCCUGACCAGCACGUGUUGUUGGGAAACAUGGCAGGCGUCCUACUGCACAAUGGUCUGUUUGAGGAGUCAGUGAACCUGUACAAGGAGGCCCUGGCUCUGGCCCAGUCUGCAGGAGAUGAAGAAGCAGUAGAGCAGAUCCGGGAGGGGCUGAAAGAGGUGGGCAACAGGAGGAAAGCCAAGAAGGCGGAAACAGAAGUCCCCAAGACUGAGACCGACUGACCAGUUGGAUCAACCAAACAAAUAUUAACACAACCCCAAGCCAUCUCUGAACAUUUCUGUUUGCAAAUCUGAAGGGACUGAAAUUAGAUGGGUCAUGUAUGCACAAGAUACGGAGCACAUGGCUUAUACAGUAGCUCAGGAGAAGGAGAAAUGCAAUAACACAAUCACACUGUUUUCAAGACAACAGUUUCUUUCUAUGGGCAUGCAACAAUCUCAUCUGUGAAACCCUGUAAUGUUUUGUCUGUAUUGUGUGAAAUCUCACUCCAAUGAGGUGUUCUUUUGUUGUCAGA